GGAAGGACGCGCACUGAUCUGACUUCACGUGCACAUUCCACCUCAUCGCCUCGGGUGAGACUAAAAAGCCAUGGCAGAACACAUGAUGAUGCCCAUGGCCCACAGCUUCAGGAUGGGCAUGAAUGGACCUCCACAACACGUCAGCCAGCCCGGACUGCGUGGACUGCCCAACGGACAGGUUCUGCACUACGGCAGAAACCCUCAGAACAACUCAGAGGCUGCCAUGAGACAGAGACCAAACAUGGUGGGGCCAGGAGGAAUGGGUGGCCAUGUUAAUGGAGCUCCUAUGACCAACCAUCAUCACCAAAUGAUGCCUGAGAACAUGAUGUACAACAGUCAGGGCCCACAGCAACAGCACCACCACAUGCACCCACAACAGCAGGGUGGACACCCACAGCAUUACCUCCCUGGUAACCUCACCUCCCAGCAACUCAUGGCAAGCAUGCACCUGCAAAAACUCAACACUCAGUAUCAUGGAUACCCGACAGGCUUGACCAAUGGCCACCACUUGCCCAAUGGAGCUCAGUACAGAGUGGGCCCAGCACAGUUCACAGGCAUUCAGCACAUUGGAGGGCCUUUGGGGCUCAAUGGAAUGGACACUGAUUUAAUUGACGAGGAAGUUCUGACUUCUCUGGUGUUGGAGUUUGGUUUGGAUCGUGUUCAGGAGCUGCCAGAGCUCUUCCUGGGACAGAAUGAGUUUGACUUCAUAUCGGACUUUGUGUGCAAACAGCAGCCAAGCACGGUGAAUUGUUGAGCUGGAUGUUUAAACUGGACACCCCAAAGACAACUGACCGGCCACAGUAGCACAGCAGAAGGAGACAAUCUGUCAGAUCUGUGUGGGUCUUUCUAUGUAUGUGUUAAGGACAGCGUCUAGUUGUAUUAGCCUGCCUCCUAAAGAACGAAGAAUUGUGGAACGGGUGGGGGGAAUGCAGUAGAAAAGCAGGCUAAUAAUUUCUUUUAACAGGUGCCUGAAGAUCUGCUAUCUUUGGCCAAAUUAAGGUAUGCUGAUGUACCCAUCUGGCCCUCAGCACAUGUGCCUCCAGUGCCAAAACUUUUGGAUACUUGUAAAUUUAACAAAGGUGGAAGAUGACCUGGAAUCGUAUAUAAACAUGAUGACUCGGCUGGUAGAGCUGUUGCCUCUUAGUGAGAAGUUUG